GGUGCCAUCCCCGGCCCCGGUGCGGCCAGCGCGCACCCACAGACGCGCACCGCACGGCCGCCCCGCCACGCAGCCGUUCCCCCCGACGGCGCAGCGUCCCGGUUGUCGGGGAGUCUUAAGCACCAGGUGCGGGGAUCGGGAGUUUCUUGUCUCCGGCCGGUCUGAGGUAGCGGCCCUUGCGAACUGCGAGGAGCUGAGGGGCUGCGUGCUUCCUGAACCACCUGCCUUUGGAGACGACUCCUGCCUGCGGCGGGCUAUCAGAGUUCUCCGCAAGCCGCGCCGGGAGGGAAGGAGGUGGAAGAGGGAAGUGUCCGUCGUGGCUAAACUGGGCCUCGCGCGGGUCGUGCGCAAGAGACCCGAGAGGACGCUGUGCCGCUGAGGAGCUAUGGCUGAGGAACGCGCUGGCGCCGACUGGGAGAUCGACGUGGAGAGCCUGGAAGGGGAGCCGGACGAGGCACCCGGCGCUCCGCGCGGCAGCACCGGCCCAGAGGAGGAAGAAGAGGAGGAGGAAGGCGAGGAGGCACCGGCGGCCCCGCGGCGGGGCGAACCACGGAAGCUCAGCCGCACGCCCAAGUGCGCCCGGUGCCGCAACCACGGCGUGGUGUCGUGCCUGAAGGGUCACAAGCGGUUCUGCCGCUGGCGCGACUGCCAGUGCGCCAACUGCCUGCUGGUGGUGGAGCGGCAGCGCGUCAUGGCCGCCCAGGUGGCGCUCCGACGGCAACAGGCCACCGAGGACAAGAAGGGGCUGACGGGGAAGCAGGCAAGUCUGGAGCGCAAAGCUGUCUACCAGAGGCACGUCCGAACGCCCAGCCUCUUGGCGAAGAGCAUCCUGGAAGGUUACCGCCCUAUUCCAACAGACUCUUACCUGGGAGGGAGCUCACCCUUGCCACCUCCUGUAAGUGACAGGAUGAGAAAGAGACGGGCUUUUGCUGAUAAGGAGUUGGAGAACAUUAUGCUAGAGAGAGAGUAUAAAGAGAGAGAUAUGAUGGAAGCUACACAAGCAGCUGCCCUUUUUCUCCCUAACCGUAUGGUGCGUGGAGCUGAAUGCAAUUUGUAUAAAACAGCCUUCAACACUACUCAAGCUGAUAAUGCAAACAAGGAAUUUUCCAAUUUUUUACCAACCUGCCUUGACCUAACAAUGCAGUAUUCAGGACCUAGCAACAUGGAACUAAUUUCUUCAAAUGUCAGUGUAGCUACUACCUACAGGCAGUAUCCCCUGUCUUCUAGGUUCUUAGUGUGGCCAAAAUGUGGUCCCAUUAAUGAUGCUCUCCUCUACCAGCAAUGCCUGUUAAAUGCUACUGCUGUCCAAGCUCUCAAACCUGGGACAGGUUGGGAUGCCAGGGUCUCACAAAGUCAGGACUGUCCAAACACUGAGCAUGACAUUAUGCCUCCAAAACUGGAAAAUUCAUUUGUUCUGACUCACACACGAGACAUUCAGCAGUCACAUAAUGAAAUACUGUGCCAUCAUCAGGAAGCCCGUGAGAGGUCAGCUUUCUCUCCUCCAAAAAGGACUUUCUCCCAAUUUUCUGAUAAGGGUUCUCUGUCUCCUCAGGAACAGGCAUUAAGCAAGAUCAGCAAAAACAGUACCAAGCCCCCUCCACCGCUCAAGUACAGUGCAUUUCAGUCACUGUUCCAUCAGACGUUUCCUGACACUCAAACAGCAGAGUUAAGAAUGUCAUUUGUGAAGGAGACUUUUGAAGAUGCUUCUAAGAAAUACAGGGAGUGUGCUCUUAAAGAGAAUCAAAAAUACAAGUUUACUGUAGACAAAUCUGCAAAAGACUUCUUUGGGGCCAAACAGGCCACAACAAAACUUUCAACAACUGAACCACUGUCAUUUUCAGUUGAAUCCAUCCUUAAACGACCUUCUUCUGCUGUUACUAAUGUGUCUGAAUGAAUGAACUUUACCUUCAGAGUAGAGAAGCUUUCUAAGCUUUGCUUUCUGCAGAAUUGCUCCUGCCUGCAAUUUUUAAAGAUUUUUAAAGAGGAAUUUCUGCAUUAAAUGGUAAUGCUUUCUUUUAUUUCAAAAUGAUGUACAUAAAUAUGCAUGUUUUCUGAAAAACAAAUUUAAUUUUUUAAAAUUGAAACUGCAUGUACAGACUGCAAAGUGUUUUUAUUUUAAGCAGCCCUUCAA